CAUUAGGUUGAUGUGUAGUUCUGACCUUCGUAGAUGGUUAGAAACUUAGGGCUUGUUUGCUUGUUGGAUUUGAAAAUGAGGGUUUUGAGUUUUCAAACCCUUUGGAUUUAUGAUGGAUUUGUUGCAUUAUAGAUUUGGAAGAGUACAUUGUUUGUGUAGUUUAUUUUUGUCAUAGAUUCAUGAUGGAUUUGUUCACAUUUUGCCUUCCAUUAUCAAAUCCCAAAUGAAAUGUGGGAUGCACCUUUUGACUGACUUUAAUGGUACCCGACACCCUAUUCAAAGUUAAGUGGUAUAUCUAUCACAAUUCUCAAACUUAAGUGGUAUUCAAGAUAUUUCUCAAAUCUUAAGUGGAUGAGUCAAAAAUUACGAUAUAAUUCUUUCUAUUCGAUUUCUAUUAGGUGAAAAUUUCCAUUUUGUAAAUGAUAUAACUUCAUUACCGUACCAUUGUUUUUUUUUUCCCUUUCUGCCAAGCAUAAAUUAAACAUAUAGGUAGAAUAAGCACAAAAAUUAAAGCUUUAAUAAAAACGGAUAACCCCAACACAUCAAAACUCAUUGCCCAUGGAUAAAGACAAACAGCUCCUCAAAAUUUAAUUAUAAAACCAUACUGAAAGUUGUAGACGAUGAUUAAGUAGUAUUACUUUGAAGUUAGAUCGUGGUUUACACGUUAUUCAACCCUUUUAAAUCGUGGUACGAUACGAUUAAGCAACCCUGUUCAAAAUAUGUAUUCAUAUAGGUUGUUUUGUUGCAAUGUAUGUUUCAAACUAAACGAACGAAUAUGAAUGUGAAGAUAUCCGUCCAACCUGUCAAUAUCAUUCUAAUCACUUGUGCGGUGACUUGUUAAUUGAGAGAGAGAGAGUACUGACACAAUUUAGUGCCCGUAGUUAAGGAAUCUGGGAGUUUGUGAAGCAAUUAUUCAGUCACAUCGGAUCGCAUUAUACCAAAUUGAUAUUUAAAUCAAAUCAAAAACAUUUUGAUUUGGCUAUAUCUUAAAUAUGAAAGAAAAGUGAACCGGACAGAUUCAAAUCUCAAAUCGAUCGAUGCUCAUUGCUCACCCUUUAGGCUUUAGGUCGAGGGGAAAGAGAAGUAUGCAUCUCAUAUAAGAGCGGCCCGGUCCGGUUAGUGAGGUUCAUUCGGUUCUCUCUUUUCUUUUAUCGGACAACUAACCAGUUCAAACCAAAAACCCCUAAAGCCCUAAUCUGAAAUCCCGUGAUCUCUUCUUCCUUCGACUAUCUUUCGAUUGAUUACAGCUCCUGCCUGCGAUUCCCCUCUCCGACGACCGCCGCGGCUCUCCUCUCAGUCGAGCCUGCCUCCUCUCCAAUACAAAGCUAUCUCCUCGCUCGCUUUCUUCCCUUCUUCUUUCUUUCAAGGUAAAUCUGCCGCUCUCACUUUUCUCUAAUUCUCGCUCGCGAUUUGUUUGGCAGAAUGAAAUGGGGUUUUUGUUUUCUACCUCGGUAUAACUGGUUUGGGGUUCAUCCGUCUCCUUCCUCAUUCUGCCGCAAAAAGGGGUUUAGCUUCAUUGUCACCAGGAGAUGCUUCAGCUCACUCUCACUCAUUCGCUGGUUUACUUUACAGGUCCGCCGGGAAUAGCCCUCAGAAGAGAUGGCUGCAAGUUUCGCUUCCAAGUUCUCUCGCGUGGGACGAUCCCUGUUGGGAGGAUUAGGAAACAACAUCUCUUCUGCAGCAGCCAACUCAUCACCUGAACUCACUUCUAGCAGCAAUUCACUGUAUCAGCAACAUAGGACAUUCAUUCAAAUGAGGACGGUUCUGAAAGUUGCAGACAACUCUGGUGCCAAAAAGGUGAUGUGCAUACAAGCACUGAAGGGGAGGAAAGGUGCAAGGUUGGGGGACACCAUCGUGGCUUCAGUGAAAGAAGCGAUGCCAAAUGGUAAGGUGAAGAAAGGGAAGGUUGUUUAUGGAGUGGUGGUGCGGGCUGCCAUGCAGAAGGGGAGGUGUGAUGGGAGUGAGGUCAAGUUUGACGACAAUGCUGUGGUUUUGGUCGACAAGCAAGGUCAGCCUAUUGGUACCAGAGUGUUUGGUCCUGUGCCCCACGAGCUCAGGCGGAAGAAGCACGUCAAGAUCCUUACUCUAGCCGAGCAUAUUGCCUGAAUGUUUGUUCUUUAGAUGUUAUAGAUGCUUGAUGUUUCGCUUCCCAGUAUCAGAGAAUGACUUUCUUUUUUUCAAGCUGUUCACGGCUGAGCAGAAACUUGCACUAUGUUCACAUAAAAGUGACUGGAAAUCGAAAGCUUUCCGCUGUAACAUUAUAGAGAACAGGAUCCUUGGAACAGUCUACUCCCCAGUCACAAUGUCUAAGUGCUUGAGUAAUUUGUUUAGGAAGAACUCAAAGGAGAAAAAACUGUUAUGCUAUGUAUACCAAAAUUGAUUGUCCGCGUUUGUUGGCCUUCCUGUAGCUCUCAUGGCGGUUGGACCAUGUAAAACUUCUUUCAUGAAUUCAUCUUCGUAAAAAUGUAUUGUUGAUAACAAAGUUUUCGACUUGUACCAAGUCUGAUAACAUUUCGCGGAUCAAUUAGGCUACUUCUUGAUGAAAUAAACAACGAGACUGCGAAGAAAGCGGUAUAAACGAUCCUGGAUUUCUCAAUACUUAGUUGCAAUUUAGAAGAAUUGAAUUAGACAAAGAGCAUGCAACUCCAGGCUCUAUACAAUUUAGCAAGGAAAAAGCAAUAGUAAAUAUCUGUGCGUGUAGUAAUAACCACAAUGAUCAUGAGAUUUAUUCCCGCCAAAAAAAAGAGCAACGUUAA